AUUAGGGGAGAUGAUUUCAGGAAAGAUUACUCCCAAUUGGCAAUGCUGUGUGCCACUUUUCCACAAGUGCCAGUUGUUGCAUUAACUGCAACAGCAAGCAAAGCAGAUGUCAAGGCAAUAAAGGAUUCCUUAAACAUGAAAAAACCAUUGGAAGUGAUAGGGGAUCCAAACAGAGCAAACAUUUUUUAUGAGAAGGUAUUUCGUAAAGGCGAUGACGUAGACUUCUUCGAAGAAUUACUGAAGCCUGUGGUAAGUGAAUUGAAAUAAGUUAAAUUAAAUGAUCCAUUGACAAUAUUAUACCUUCCCUUGAAAUGGUGCGGGUUUGCAUUCAAAUUUUUUGAAAAACAGGAAAUGAGCAGUACUAUCCCUUGGAAGCUGAAGCCUUACCUGAAAAUAGACUGUUCGCACAGUACCAUGCCCCACAGACGAGUGCUAUGAAGGAUCAGAUUCUGAAAGAAUUGGCCUUACCAGCAUCAAAAGUCAGAAUAAUAGUCGCAACUGUAGCCAUGGGAAUGGGUGUUGAUAUCCCAUCAAUAAGGUGCGUUAUUCAUGCUGGACAACCGCGUUCAAUUCAGGAGUAUUUUCAGGAAACUGGAAGGGCAGGUGGAGAUGGGAAGCCUGCAACUGCGAUACUGUACCACAACAAUCGAGACAUUGCUAAAAAUCGAGAAGGAAUUAGUGAGGACAUCAGGACUUUCUGUCACCUGGAGACUGCCUGCCUAAGAAAAUUCCUUUUGAAAUGUCUUCAUGCCUGUGGACCAGGUACAAAAGUUGCAGGUCACUUCUGUUGUACAUACUGUAAAUCUAACUGUGAUUGUCUGGAGAUAUGCAGUGAAAUACAUAGUUAG